AUGGAGUCAAAAGACGAGAUUCAGAGGACACCCCUUCACUGGGCCUCUAAAUCAGGAAAUCUCGACUGUGUACGAAAGCUUCUCGACAAAGGCGCCGAUGUGGAACCAAAAGAUCGCGAUGGUAUGGCGGCGCUUCAUUUUCCUGCCGAGUCGGACUACUUGGACGUCGUUGAGGUACUUCUCCAACAGGAUUCGAACACCAACUCGGUGGCACACAAAAGACAGACACCAUUGAUGUUAGCGGCCAGAGCUGGUCAAAGAAAAGUUCUUGAGGUUCUUGUUCAACAUGGCGCCAAGUGUGAUUUACAAGGUGCAGAGGGCAGCACUGACUUGGAACAUGCAAUCAAAGGGUGUCGUUCCGAAGUUAUCCCUCGCGUCAUCAAGACUCUAGUCAGGUUGGGUGCUGAAGUAGACGCCCGCGGGAAAGCGGGGCGUACACCUCUAUUGGCCGCUGUUAGUGAUAAGCAUAUCGGACCUGCGCUCCCAGCUGUGAAGCAAUUGCUUGAUUGUGGCGCAGAACUUGAAGCCACAGACUUGUGA